AUAACAAAAUAGAGUGUUUUUCUGUGCUUUAUUUGCUUAUUAUCCUCUUUCUUGUUCUUCUUCUUUCACAGAAGAGAAGAAUAGAUAAAAACAGAGUAACAACACUUUCCACUUAGAAACGACGUCGUUGUGCUGUGUGCACUUUCAUCAUUCAUUCACUAUCAAUGGCUAUGAGCGGUUUGAUUUCCAACCGCAAUUUCGGUUCUUUCAUUGCCUCAGGGAAUUCGUAUAGAUCACAAAAGGAUAUUUCACAUCAAAGAGUAGGCAUUUCGGUUUCUGGUGUAACGGUUACACGGUGUGGUGGUUGCGUAGCGAAGGGUUCUCUUUCAAGAUGCCCUAAUGCAACACGUUCUCAUAUUGAUUCCCCUUUGGAAGAGAGAGUUUCAAAACAAAUACAAACAUUCGAUAACAAAAGGGAGCUUUUUUCCCCAUUAUCACGACAAUGCAGCCGCGGCUUGAACAUCAAAUUAAAGGCUUGCAAAAUAAGUCAUUGUUACCUUUCUUCAUCAACCUUUAGCAGUAGCAAUGUUGAACAAAGGAAAGCAAAUAAGUUUCAAGUUCGUUACAAGGCUGAGGAGUACGAAUUUGCAGAACCGAAUAUAGAUGGGCUGCAACCAACUGAUGGGACCGGUGAAGCCAUUCUUCUGGAAGGAAAUCUGCUUCAAACAUCUCCUUGGUGGCAGCAGUUUCCUAAGCGAUGGGUUAUUGUACUGCUAUGUUUUACAGCAUUCCUGCUUUGUAAUAUGGAUCGUGUAAAUAUGAGCAUAGCAAUACUUCCAAUGUCUCAACAGUUCAACUGGAACAGUGCAACAGUUGGCCUCAUUCAGUCCUCUUUUUUCUGGGGUUAUCUACUCACACAGAUUGCUGGUGGCAUAUGGGCAGACAAAGUUGGUGGGAAGCUAGUACUGGGUUUUGGAGUUGUAUGGUGGUCAAUUGCAACAGUUUUAACUCCUAUUGCUGCAAAACUUGGGCUACCAUAUCUGCUUGUUAUGCGUGCCUUUAUGGGAAUUGGCGAGGGUGUUGCUAUGCCUGCAAUGAAUAAUAUUCUUUCCAAGUGGAUUCCAGUAUCGGAGAGAAGCAGAUCACUUGCACUAGUAUAUAGUGGCAUGUACCUUGGUUCUGUCACAGGCUUGGGAUUCUCGCCUUUCCUAAUCCAAAAAUUUGGAUGGCCAUCUGUGUUCUACUCAUUUGGAUCACUUGGCAGUAUCUGGUUUGCCUUGUGGUUGAGAAACGCAUACAGUACACCAAAGGAUGAUCCAAAUCUUGGGGAUGAAGAGAAAAGGCUCAUACUUGGAGGCAACGUAUCAAAAGAACCUGUGACAGUUAUUCCUUGGAAAUUGAUUUUAUCAAAAGCACCUGUCUGGGCUUUAAUAGUCUCUCACUUCUGCCACAAUUGGGGGACAUUUAUUCUAUUAACCUGGAUGCCUACGUACUACAAUCAGGUUCUGAAGUUCAACCUCACGGAAUCUGGACUAUUAUGUGUCCUUCCAUGGUUAACCAUGGCUGUUUUUGCAAAUAUAGGAGGUUGGAUAGCUGACACACUUGUGAGCAAAGGUUUUUCCAUAACAACUGUUCGAAAGAUCAUGCAAUCGAUCGGGUUUUUGGGUCCUGCAUUUUUUCUUACACAGCUAAGCAAUGUCAGAACACCCGCCAUGGCAGUAUUGUGUAUGGCUUGCAGUCAGGGAUGUGAUGCAUUCUCACAAUCUGGUCUAUAUUCCAAUCACCAAGACAUUGGACCACGCUAUGCUGGAGUGUUAUUGGGACUAUCGAAUACCGCAGGAGUGCUUGCCGGUGUCUUUGGUACAGCUGCGACUGGAUACAUACUCCAACGAGGUUCAUGGAAUGAUGUAUUUAAAGUCUCUGUUGUGUUGUACUUAAUUGGCACUUUGGUCUGGAAUAUCUUUUCAACUGGUGAGAAAAUUCUUGACUGAUGAAGAAUGUUAGGACGAUGUCAAGGAAGGUGUAGCGCUAUAUAAGCCGUAGAGAUUUUCAAAGAGGGAAAAGUAAAGGUGAAACAAAAUUCAGAUGACCAAAUAUGUCAAUAUAAGCACCCUGCUGAAAUAGAAGAGUCACUAUCAAUUUUUUGAUCAAAAUAGCUAGGCUUCUAUAUUUUUACCAGAAAGAAAUCUUGGAUUAACAUGCCUUGUCCCAUGAUCUAAAUGCUUUCUGUAUAGAUAGUUUGUGGGUUAUUUUGCCCCUAUAACUUCAUUCAAGCAUAUUUAUAUUUAUACUUAGAAUAAGGAGUACAAUGUUAUUUGACUUUUCAACUCUGUCUCA